GUGCCAUUUCUUCUCCCCUCUCCUAGCUCCCACACAUCAUCGAAUCACAGCCUCACACCUCCUCACCUGACCAAUCACCCGCAGCUAGCUCCGUGCAGCCAGCACCGAUCACCACACGCAGCAGCUGCUGCUGAGGCGACCGACCGGCCUUCCAUUCCAUGGCGGUGAAGGACUGCGGCGGGCACAAGGGCGGGGGCUGCGAGUGCCACCGCCGGCGGCUCUACCGCAAGUGCUGCGGCGCGCUGCUGGCCCUCCUCCUCCUCGCCCUCUUCGUCAUCCUCAUCGUCUACCUGGUGCUCCGCCCCCACAAGCCCCGCUUCUACCUGCAGGACCUGGCGGUGCUCUGCCUCAACGUCACGCCGCCCACCUCCGCCUACCUCUUCACCACCAUGCAGGCCACGGUGGCGGCGCGCAACCCCAACGACCGCGUCGGCGUCUACUACGACGAGGCGGACAUGUACGCGCAGUACAAGGGCGUGGCCAUCACCGUGCCCACCCGCCUCCCCGUCGCCUACCAGGGCCACCGGGACCAGUCCGUGUGGUCGCCGUAUCUGAGGUCCAUGGACAGCGUGGUGCUCCCGCCGGUGCUCGCCGUGGCGCUGGCGCAGGACGAGACGGCCGGGUACGUGCUGGUGGACGUCAAGGUGGACGGCUUUGUGCGCUGGAAGGUGGGCACCUGGAUCUCCGGCCACUACCACCUCCGGGUCAACUGCCCGGCCCUCAUCAGGGUGAACGAGGGCAAGGGCAGCUACGGCGCCACCACCGGCGGCGGCCCCGACUACUUCCGCUUCCAGCAGGCCGCCGCAUGCGCCGUCGACGUCUGAUCAAUUCAUGCAUCAUCAUCGGUUCUUGGACCUCCACCCAUCCAUAUUCAUAUGCAUGUCUCCAAAUUCAAAUUCAGGGGAUGGAAUCGAUUGAUUGCUUUUCUCUCUCUCUCUCUCUCUCUCUCUCUCUCUCUCUCUCUAGUUUCUUUCUUGCUUCUUUUUAAUUAGUCUCUUAUUUUUGACUUGUUGAUCGAUCGGUUGGUUAAAGAAGCGAAUGAAAGAAAAACACCUACAA